AUGUCAAUUUUCAAAGACCAUGGAAAAGAGCCUAUAAAUUCAGCAGUCGCUUAUAAGACGUCCUUUGGUGGCGGCUAUCAAGUCCCUAAACAUCAUGAAAGCUAUAUUGCGUCGUCAAGAGAAACUGCUGGAUUUCAAACCAAAUAUGCAGAUUUUAAUCAAAUAGAUUCAAGCUAUAUGUAUCAUAACAACUUACUAUCCACAAUAGACCAAGAAAUUGACAAGCUUAAAGGCACGUCUUUAAAAUUAGCUGACGUAAUUUCUAUUUAGUACCGAAUUUCUCAAGGGCCGAUUCUUUAUUCUAAUAGAAACCUUGAAGUUUCACCUUUAUAUUAUCCAAGCAGCAUGCAGACAAAUAUAAUUCAAAAUAAUGCUCCAAGCAAUCUUGAAGAAAUCGAAAGGCUUAGGGUUUUGCAAAAUCAGAAAUUGAGGGUGUUAGAAGAAGAAUAUAUGAAAAAGAAAGAAGUCCAGCAGCAAAAACCAAAAUUAGGCGACAUUUUGCAAGAGUAUCAAAAUUAUAAGAAAGCGAAAAUCCCGAAAAAAAAUUUAUAUGAUAGAAAAUUGGAAUAUCAGGGUGAUAUAAGUGAGGAGGAAAAUGAAAAUACCAAGCUUUUGAAAUGGAUUUUUAUAGUAAAAAGAGAUAAAUUAUGAAGUUUUAUUAAUAGAUUUUGGAUUAAUAUUAUAUACGAGAUUUUAAGGAUAAAAAAAUUGAUCACAAUAAAAAUGGGUUUAUUGAAAAAACUGAAUUAAUUAAAGAAAUUGCCAGCAACCAAGAACUUGCGGAUUUGCUAGGAAUUAUGGGAAAUAUUCAAGACAAGGAAUUUAUGAGGCAAGUUGACAAAAUUUUCCAAAAUUCUGGGUCAAGUGAUUCCAUUAUAGAGCGGGAUUUUAUUCAAUUGUUUACAAAAACAAGAGCAGCUAUUUUUUCAAAAGACCAGCAGCAGCAAAUAAAGCCAACCUAUGACCUAAUCCAAAGAAAAACAUCCUACCCUUGUAUAGUUUUAACAGACGCUCAGCAGGAUUUAUUGGAAUAUAUUUUUAAAAAUACUGACACAUUUGAUGAUGGGACUCUUCAGAAAUUUGUAUAUAUCCAAACCUUAAGAACUGAUGAAAAUCUCAUAAAAAUCCUUCAAGCAAAUGCAAUUCAAUUAUAUCUAUUUAUAGAGGCUAAAAACAUAAAAAAAUUACCCUUGUCUAUCCUUAUAAAAAUAAUUUUUUAAUUAAAAAUGAAUUAUUCAUAAGAAAUGAGAAUAUCUGACGAUAAUUUUAUGACACUUGAAGAGGUGCUUGACUAUAUAGAAGACGACGGAGACCCAUACGAAAACAUCACUUUUAACCAAUUUAUGGACUAUUUUACUUCUAUUUCUAAAUCUCAGUCUCAAAAACUGGAAUGAAAGCCUGAAGUCCCAGCAGAACCAGCAGAACCAGAAAAGCCUGAAAUUUUACUUGACAAUUUUUACCUCCAAAUAAUCCAAGAUGUAUUUGAUACCUUACCGCGCCGGGGAACUGAUAAAGUUUCAAGGGAAGAAUUUGUAGUGUCCUUGCUUGAAGAUCCACAAGUCCAAGAAUUCUUGAAAUUAAAAGCAAGAGAAGAUAAAAUUACAAAAAAAGCAGAAUCAGUGGAAAAUGUUAUUAAAAGAAUUGAUAAAGAAGCAGGGACUUUGCUACUAUGAAGCGACGUGCUAGGAUUUUUCAGCUCUGCUGGAAAGCCAAAAAUGAAAUUAGACGAAGGGAAAACUGAUAAGAAAAAUUUAUUUACUGCUGAUUUUAUAGACAAAUAUGAGGUAAAACCAACCCAAAUAAGUAAAAUUCGUAGCAAAACCCCUAAAAAUGAAAACAGCCAGGAUGAUAUCCAUAUAGAAAGAUACUCAAGCCCUCAAAGGCAUGAAAAACCUAAAUCCAGCAAAUCCCAGCACCAGUUUACAGUUCCAGAGCCUUUUGAAUUUGAUACCAGAGAAAAAAUAAAACCAAAAUCCAUCAGGCAGCAAAAACUUGACGAAAUGGUUUUAGAAAAAAAGCUAGAAGAAGAAUUCCAUUUAAAAUACCGUCCUAAGGCAAAUCCUAUCCCUGCAGAAGUUCUAAUACCUAAAUACCAAACUUUACUAGCAGCACAAGAAGCUAGAAGGCUAGAAGUUAAAAGAAACUCAAAAGCAAUUACAGAAAAACUGCAGAAACCGUUUAAUUUUCAUUCUAAAGAAAAAUCGAAAAAUGAGGAGCCAAAGGUGGAGCAAUAUAAAUUUAAAGCAAAACCGCCUCCACCGACUAUAGAAAUUAUAAUAAGGAAAGGCUAUACAUUAAUUAGCUUUAUCUUAUUUACUAUAAGAAAAUAAAAUAAAAAUGAAUUAUAGAAGUUUUUUAUCAAGGUAAAUAAUAUAAUAAUUUGCCACUAUACAAUCAGAUGUCAAAGCAGCUUGAAGAAGAAAGAAGAUCAAGAAUUGAAGCUGCAGCCAAAAAGUCACUAGAGGAAGCAAAACUGCCACCUAGGAUGGAGAGAUAUUCAAAAGGUGAUAAAAACCUGGCUGAGCCUAGCAAACAGUCUUCUACAGCUUUUAAAGCUAAAAAUCCCCCAAACUUUAAAAAGUUAUGGGAAGACCUUGAUAAAGAAAUUCAAGGAAAAAAAUCAAAAUUCGAGCCAACAAAACCAAAAGAAUUUAUACCAAUAACAAUUGAAUUAUUUAAUGAAUCUCCCAAGCAAUAAGCAAAUUCUUGCUAUUCGUGAAGCUUUUAGCAUAAAAUUUUUAACUAGUAAGUAAAUUUUUAUGAAAAGGCGAAAUUUGUUAUAAUGCUCUAUCUGAAAAUCACCAAAUAAUAAGCAAAUUUCAAUCUAUUCAUAUAAAUUUACUAUUUAAAAUUUGUGCAUUAAAACCGCCACGAAUUUGCUUAUUACUAGGGAGUAAGAAAAAUCUCAAUUUUACCUAAAAUACUAUUAUCCGCCAAACCCUAUUAAUUAAAUCUACAUAAUUUCAGUGAAAUAAAAAAGAAAGUCAAAGUCAUUGAAGACCUUGACGAGGUCCAAAAAGAAUUAAUGCUAAAAGGCUUUGGCUCUAUGCUAAACAAAGUAGUUAGUCUAGACCCCCCUGCUGAGCCUCCUAAGUCCACUAAAAAGCAACAAAUGGCUGAAGAGCAUCGAAAAAAGCAGUUUGAAGAAGCCAAAAAUGAAGAAUUACGGCUUAAAUCUGAAGAAGAAGAAAGAAAACGAAAAUACGAAGAAGCCAAACAAAGGGUUAAACAGUCAGGGUCCAUUCAAGCUAAGCUGAGAUCAGAAGAAGACGACAAAGAAAAGCGUUUACAAGAAGCUAAACAGCGGCAAAAAGAAGAAAACGAUCGAGCAAAUGCAGAAAAACAGAAAAUGAUGGAAAGGGUCAAUCAGCGGCCUAUGGUAAGUGACGCAGUUUCUAGUUUUUGGAGCAAAUCUAUACAAAUUUCUAAUGAAUUCUGCUUUUUUAUCAGAAAUCGCCAAAAAUUCCUAAUCAUUAUAAAUCUUAUAAUAACUCCACAAAUUUAAUCACAACGCUUAAGCAGAAAAUGCUAACUCGUGGAAUUCAGCCUGAACAAAUAGUCGGAGAAGUUGAGGGUUUUGAAAAUAUAUAUGCAGAAGAUCUCGUAUAA